AUGGGGCCCGAUGAAGGAACACGAGUCCCGUGGACUGAAUUUCGAAAAGGGUCUAAUGCGGACUUAGUUGGCUCAGGUAUGGCUGUACCCAAAAUCGAGCGUAGUCGUGCUAGCGAGGCUGAGGCGAAGGACGACCAGGGUAGACGAGAUGAGCUCCUAAAUAUGCCGAAGAGAUGGAAAAAGCAUUGGGAUACCUGCUUCAGGAAACAGAACAAGCUAAACCAGCUCAUUGAAGAAGAGGGUAAAGCCAAGGAUGACCCCUCAAAGUUGGCCUGUGGUGUACGCGGCAUCCCUCUUUCACGGCGCAAGUCCGCAGUGGUGUCAAAAGAUAUAUCUAGGCAAACCGACAACCAAAGCGAGAGAAACGACAGAGCCAUCGACGGGAAUGAUGACAAGGGUGCAAACAUGACGGACAGCUUCUACACAGCAAGGACAAGCUCUUUGAGAAACAAUGCAUACUUUGCUCUCAUCUUUCUAGCCCCAUCUUCCAACUUACCAACCUACUUCUUCUCGUCCACCACAAUCAACCUCCAAAGCUACGCCUCCAACCCCGACUACUCCAACACUUCAAACAACGAUAUCUUCGUUCCUAGCUGCGGCGGCUUCAUGCACUAUCCCGGCAUUCCCACAAACCAAAAGUUCGUGAAGGAUUUGGUAAAGGGGACUUUGAUGCCGAGGAUCGAAGACAAAAGCGAGGUGAAGACGCAGUAUAGGGUAGGGGCAAAUCUAUCGAAGAGGGAAGAAGCUUCACAUAUUGAUUGGUUAAUUUUGGGUAUAGCCUUAGACUUGAGUUUGCUAGUAUCCUGGAAACAACUGCGGAGCAGUUCCGGAAAACUCUGUAAGAAUCAGAGCUUGACAUUUGACUUCGACUUCGAAAUCUCUAGAUGCAUGAGAAUUUGGAUACUCUCCCUCUCAACCCCUGUAGUCUUCUUGCCUACGCUGGAUUGUCACGGCAUUUAUCCCACUGGCUCUAAUAUACCAUCCCAACAACUUGGUAACCUCAUGGGCCUGAGUGUGCAUUCGCUACUGGGUAUCGUAAUGAUAAACAGGAAGAACCGACCGGCUCAUGUUAAGACACUUGUGUCGCUACCGCUACUUCAAUCGCCUACUAUGCUCUCUACCCAGGUCUCGGGUGUCGUAUAUGUAGCCUCAGCACCAGUAUGGAGCCAACCGAUCAGUAACGCAAGUGGCAAAAGUUCAAUCUUCUAUCACUCUCAUGGUACCUGCGCUCUAGUGGGCAAAGGAGUAGCUUCUCGAGAUUGUGAGCAACUAAACUGGGAUGCUGUCGAAACCCACGAGGACUUCCUUAAGAAGCGGAGAUCAAUUUAUAACACCAACCAACUCUUGCUGGUAAAACGGCUGAUAACUGUAGUUGCUGCAGUGUAUCAAAGCAUGAUUUCCGACAAAAGUCCUCGGUGCCAGGCUACUAAUCGCGUAUAUCCAAGAGACUCAGGGCCUUACCAGCUCAUCACAACUAGUGAGACUAGGAAAGUGUGCUUAAUGGAAACCAAAUGGAUCAGUAUGGAAGUAUCUCCAGUCCUCUAUCAUUUCACCAGUUCCGCGGAUGGCACGGUCUCAAUAUUAAUUGAAUAG